UGUAAACUCUAUUUCUGAGUUGACUAAUGAUAAAAUUAAAGUUAUUAUAGAUAAUUUCUCUAAGCAUAAUGAUAACUAUAAUACUGAUGUGAAAGAAGUAUCAAAUCACAUGACUGAGAUUUCAGCUGGAGAUCCUAGCCAAAAUUUAGCUAAAAUAAGCGAAUUAAUCACAUCUAUUUCUAUUAUAUAUAGCUCUAAUUCUUUAGGUAAUUCAUCAUUCACACUUCAAAUCACUCUAUCUGAG